AUGCAACCAAUAGAAAAUAUGUUCUCUGGUCUCCUAGAUUCGAGUAACAAACAAAACGAGGACUCCUCCAAUGAAGUCACUUCAGUGGACAGUCCCUCAAAAUCUAAAAAAGUGUCUGGUAUUAGACGUGCUGCUUCAAUUCAAGUCGGAUUGAGUGAUUUCGAAUUGAGUGGUACUAAUGUGCCUAAUCCAGAAUCUAUUUCUUUAACACAUUUGAGUAAAUAUGCUAUCACUCUGGCUGGUAUGCACGAAGUAGUAGAAGAAAAGAAGGAAUUUGUCAAGCUUAUCAAGAGAUUAGACGAAACAGCCAGUAUUAUUACUCAAGCACACGAUAUUAUUUAUGAGGCAAUUAUGCAAAAUCGUCGUAUUACUAGUAGUGAUGAAUGGUUGGUCGAUAAUUUUUGGAUGAUCAAGGAACAAAUCCACAUGACAAAAAAACACUUGCCACUAGGAUAUGAAAAGGAAAUGCCAAAGUUGAAUAAUACAAAAUGUGCAGGUUAUCCACGUAUUUAUGGUAUUAUUUGGGAAUUGAUUAACUUGGUAAAUGGUCAAGUAACAGAAGAGAAUAUUUUCCAAUUUGUCAAAUCUUAUCAAUCUGUCAAACCAUUGACAAUUGGUGAAUGUUGGGGUAUUGGUGUUAUGCUUCGUUUAGGUCUUUUAGAAAAUAUUAGACGUGUUGCUGAUGGUAUUAUUAGCAGAAGACAAGAUUGUAACCUGGCUGAUGCUUGGGCAGAUCGUUUAUUAACUAGUGCUGAAAAGAGUAGUCGUGAUGUUGUUCAAAUUCUGUAUCAAUUAUCACAAAGUGAACCUAUUAUUACAAAUGCUUUCGUCUUACAAAUUAGUCAACGUUUACAAGGUUCUGAUCCUGUUCUUUCAAUUGUAAAUACAUGGUUAGAACAACAAUUGAGUAUUAAGGGUAUUGAUAUCGAUCAAAUUUUCAGAAUGCAAAAGCAAGCUAACUCUUCUAAUCAAGUUACAAUGUCAUAUUCUAUUAACUCUUUGAGAUUAAUUAACAAUUUUAAUUGGAAAGAGUUUGUUGAAAAAUUGAGUCAUAUGGAUGUUAUUCUUCGUAAGGAUCCUUCUGGUAUUUAUUCAUAUCAAAAUUUCCAUACCAGAGAUAGAUGUAGACACGCUAUUGAAAGAAUUGCAAAGAGAUUCAAGAUUGAUGAAAAGCAAGUUGCCAACAAGGCACUUUCCCUAGCAAAGGAAAAUCAUGAAGUUUUACAGUCAUGUGUUUUAGGAUCACCAAGAAGAACAAGGUCUGGUAGUGAUGCUGAACCUCCAAGCUCUCCUGGAUCCUCUCCUACUGCUCUCUCACCUCGUAGUGCUAGUAAUGUUAUUAGGAAUAUGAAUCCAGAUCAAAUGUAUGACAUGAAACUUAUUCGUAGAAAAGCUUGUAUUACCUAUUGGUUGCUUGAAGAUGAAGGUAUUAAGGAAUUGCAUAGAGCUUUAGGUUUUAGAAUGAGUCGUUUACCAUUUUCAUUUGAUUUAAGAUUCCCAAGCUUUAUUACUUCAAUUAUUUUCUGGACUUGCUUAUUUGCUAUUGCUUACAUUUUCAUGACAAAACAUUCUUACCAAACACAAUUUGAUAGAUAUCUUCCAUUUAGUGGAGUGGAAAGUUUGAAAUUAUAUUUUGUUUAUGAAAAGUAUCUUGCCUUGGUUUUAUUGUAUAUAUCAGUUUUAUUUGUAGGAAGUCAACUUGCUGUUAGUUUGACUAACAUGACUUUUGUUAGACUCAAAUAUCCAGCAUCGUUGCCAUCUAUGGAUUUCAGUACAACAGGUAUUCCUGAUGAACACAGAUCUAUUGUUGUAGUACCAACAAUGAUAACAAGUUCAGAUGGUAUUAAUGAAUUAUUGUCAGAUUUACAAGGUAGAUAUCUUAUUAACAGGGACAAGAAUAUUGUGUUUGGUUUAAUUACUGAUUUUGGAGAUUCAAAGACUGAAACUACUGAAAAAGAUGAUGCUCUCGUCAAGCAAGUUGUUGAUGGUAUCAAUGAAUUGAACAAAAUGUACACAAGAACUCCUGAAGAACAAAGAUACUCCAAGACAACUUUCUUCCUCUUCCACAGAAAGAGAUUGUACAAUCCAGUUGAAAAAGUUUUCAUGGGUUGGGAACGUAAGAGAGGUAAAUUGGCUGAAUUCAAUACAUUUAUUUUACAUGGUGAAAAGGGAAGUUUCAGUCAUAUUAUUGGUGAUACUACCAAUUUGAAUACUGUCAAACACGUCAUUACAUUGGAUACUGAUACCAUGUUACCUUCAGAUGCUGCUCGUGGUUUGGUUGAAAUUGCUGCUCACGUUUUGAACGAACCUGUUAUUGAUAAUCAAACUAAACGUGUUACUCAUGGUUAUGGUUUGCUUCAACCUCGUGUUAGUAAUGGUUUUACUGGUUCUACUAAGUCACUCUAUGCUUAUAUGCACAGUAUGGAUUCUGGUUUGGAUCCUUAUACUAGAGAAGUUAGUGAUGUUUAUCAAGAUACUUUUGGUGAAGGUUCAUUCAUUGGAAAGGGUUUGUACAAUGUUGAAACUUUUGAAACUGUUUGUGGCGAAAAGUUCCCAGAAAAUAGAAUUCUCAGUCACGAUUUGAUUGAAGGUUGUUUUGUCAGAUCUGGAUUGACUUCUGGUAUUGAAGUUAUUGAAGAUUAUCCAUCAAGUUAUGGUGUUGAAGCCUCUAGAAGACAUCGUUGGAUUAGAGGUGACUGGCAAAUUGCUAGUUAUGCUUUCAGUCCUUUCAUCUUGACUGCCAAGGGUUAUGAAAAGAAUACCUUGUCUGCAUUGCAUAGAUGGAAGAUUUUCGACAAUUUGAGAAGAUCUCUCGUUCCAGCUGCUAUGACUUAUUUGAUUAUGAGUACUGCUUUGUUCACUUCCUAUCACUCCAAGUUGCCAUUCGUUGCUGUUCUCGCUGUUCUUUCAAUUUAUCUCAUUCCAACAACAAUCAAUACUAUUAUUGAUGUUGUCAAGAAACCUGAAGAUGCUACUUGGCAAGAGCACUUUAAGAGAAUCCGUUUCAAUCUCUUACGUACUUUUGUUGAUAUUUAUGUUGAAUUGGUAUUCACUCCUUUCGAAGCUUACAACAAUAUUGAUGCUAUUAUUCGUUGUUUAUUCAGAUUGUAUGUUAGUGGUAAAGGUCUUUUGGAAUGGACAACCUUCCAAUCUGCUAGUAGUAUUUACAAGACUAAUUUGUUCUUGGCCAUGUCUAGAUUGUUGUGGUUCCCAGUCUUGUUGACUACCUCUAUUAUUGCUUACAUUGUCAUUCAACAUAAUACUGCUGUUGCUUAUAAUGAAUGGCAAACGUAUGGUUUCACUAGAAGACCAUUCAUGUUGGCCAGUAAUCUUAUUACCAUUAUUCUCAUGUUUGCCAGUUGGAUUCUUUCACCAUUCAUUGCCUACUACUUGAGUAAGCCAUUGAAGAAGAAUCUCUUUGAGAGAGAAAAUUUCAAUGACCUCACCAAGGAUGACAAGGUCUUCUUGCAUGUCUUGUCUCGUAGAACUUGGAGAUUCUUUGAAACAUUUGUCAGAAAGGAAGAUAACUAUCUCCCACUCGAUAACUACCAAGAUUUCCCAAAGCCAAUGCUUGCUCGUAGAACCAGUCCAACUAAUAUUGGUCUUGCUUUGCUUGCCAAUUUGGGUGGUCACGACUUUGGUUAUAUUACUAAUAAUGAAUGUGUCACUCGUAUUCACAAUACUUUGUCUACACUUUCCAACAUGGAUCGUUAUAAGGGACAUUUCUACAAUUGGUAUGAUACUCAAGAUUUAAGACCAUUGUGGCCUAAAUACAUCAGUGCUGUUGACAGUGGUAACUUGGUUGGUCACUUACUCAUUUUGAAGGCAGGUUUGGUUGAAUUGAGCGACAACGUUCCAAUUAUUAAUACUGAUACUUAUGUUUCUGGUUUGAGAGACAACUUGUACAGUAUGCAAUUCAUCCUCAAAGAAGUUGAAAAGACAACCGAUACUGACGAAGAAGAACUCGUUUACUUUGACAUUAAUGAAAUCAAGCCAAUGAUUGAAGACUUGCACACCAAGUUGGAUAACAAACCAACUAAGAUUUCCAAAUUGAUUCGUUGGUACACUGAAAUUAAGGCCAGUUCCAAGAAAUUGGAAGAAAGCUUGAAUGAAUCCCUCAACAAGCUUAUUGAAGCCAGUAAGGAUGACAGUCAAGCAGAUAUUGAAUGGCUCGCUGAAGACAUUGAAGAAAGGUGUGAAAAGCAACUCUUAUUCUAUUCUCAAUCAUUCGUUCAUCUAGUCUCUGAAAUUGCUCAAGAAUUGAAUGAAUUGGUUCCAUUCUCCAAGCAUUGGGAUUUGCCUGAGGAAUUAGUUUCACCUCCAAGCUCAUUGGCUGGACUUUUAGAAAAUGAAGCUAUCACUCAAUUCACUCAACAAUUCAACAAGAUGAAUAUUGAACAAUUGACUCUCAGAGGUAUUCUUGGUGUCAAGGAACAAUUAGGUAUUUCAAAGGUUAGUAAGGUAUUGGGAAGCCUUAAAGUUACUGGUUCAACCUCUAAUUUAUCAUCUGGACCAAAGGGAGUUGAAGCUUUGAAACGUUGGGUUACAGAAUUGGAAGAAUCCAUUGUCAAUGCUGAAAGUGAAGCCAAGAAGCGUUGUAACAAGUUGAAACGUCUCAUCAAUACUACUGAUGAUUUGAUCAAGCAAGACUUUAGCUUCUUGUAUAAUCCAUCUCGUGAUUUGCUUGUCAUUGGUUACAAUGUUGAAUCUGACAGAAUUGAUCAAGCUCACUACGACAUGUUCUGUUCUGAAGCUCGUCUUAUCAGUUACGUUGGUAUUGCUUUGGGCUAUUUCCCAGUUAAACAUUGGUUCUCCAUGAGUCGUCUUAUUACCACUCAAGGUACUCACCCAGCAUUAUUGUCAUGGUCUGGUUCUGCCUUUGAAUAUUUGUUGCCACUCAACGUUAUGCCAAAUAUUCCAGGUACUCUCCUCGAUUCUACCUACCAUGCUGUCGUCUUACGUCAAAUUGAAUAUGGUAAACAAAAGAAUAUUCCUUGGGGUAUGAGUGAAAGUGCUUACAAUUUGAUGGAUGCUAAUCUUGUUUAUCAAUAUGGUCCAUUUGGUGUUCCAGGUUUGGGUUUGAAGAGAGGUUUGUCUAAUGACUUGGUUGUUGCACCAUAUGCUACUGUUAUGAGUUUGAUGGUUCUUCCAAAACAAGCCACCAAGAACUUGAGACGUUUGAACGAAAUGAAUUUCUUGGGUUGUUAUGGUAUGAUUGAAUCUGUUGACUUUACUCCUCACAGAUUGAGAGGUAAUAUUGAUGCUCAACCAAUCAAAUCUUUCUUUGCUCACCACCAAGGUAUGUCAUUCCUCAGUUUGUUGUACUGUUUGAAGGCACAACCAAUGCAAAGAAGAUUUAUGGCUGUUCCAGAAUUUGCUGCCAACGUUUUGUUGCUUCAAGAAAAGAUUCCAACAGUUCCACACAUUUCCAAUCCAAAUGAAAAGGAAACAGAACGUUGGAAGAAUGUUGGCUACAAUCUCCCUUGUGCUAACAGACAAUUCCAAGGUUUACACACCUAUCCAGAAGUUCACAUGCUCAGUAAUCACGCCUUGCACGUAAUGUUAACUGUUAACGGUGGUGGUUACAUUAAAUAUGAAGAUAUGAGUGUUACCAGAUGGAGAGAAGAUGCCACUCUUGAUGGUUAUGGUGUUUUGAUUUAUUUCAGAGAUAUGCAAGAUAAGACUGAUGUCUGGUCUGCUACAUCCACACCAAUCAAGGCCUCUAAUGAUAGUAAUUAUUCAGUCACUUUCAGUCAAGCUCGUGCUGAAUUUAGAAGAAAACACAAGGGAAUGACCACAGAAACAAUUGUUACAGUUUCUCCAUUGGAUAAUGUUGAAGUUAGACGUGUUAAAUUUACCAAUAAUACUAACAAGACAAAGGAAAUUGAAUUUACCAGUUAUGGUGAAGUUGUUUUGAAUCAAGGACGUGCUGAUGCUGCUCACAGAGCCUUCUCUAACUUGUUUGUCGGUACUGAAAUUCUUCAUCAACAAAAUGCCAUCCUCUUCUACAGAAAGCAAAGAGAUCCAAAAGACAAGAAGGUCUUUGGUUUCCACAUUUUAUUCGUUCACGAACCAAAGAAUAUUAUUGCCGAAUCAACCUUUGAAACUGAUAGAAGUAGUUUCUUAGGUAGAGGUUAUACCAUGCAAAGACCAAAGGCUCUCUCUGACGACCUUGGUCCACUCUCAAAUACUUCUGGUUUCCCUCUUGAUCCAAUCUUUGCUAUUCGUCAAUGUUUGAGAAUCAAGCCAGGUAGAACUGUUCACAUUGAUUAUAUUACUGGUGUUGCUUUCUCCAAGGAAGACGCUAUCAGUGUUAUUAAGAAGUAUCAAAGCAAGAAGACAACUAACCACGUUGUUAACUUUGCUUGGGUUGCCUCUGAAAAGCUUUGCUUCCGUUUGGGUAUUACUGAAAUUGAAGCUCAAUUGUUCUCAAAGUUGGCUGGUUGUAUCCUCUAUUCUAAUCCACGUUAUCGUGCUCCACCUGGUCUUAUUACCAAGAAUAAGAAUAAUCAAUCUGGUUUGUGGAAGUUUGGUAUUUCUGGUGAUAUUCCACUCAUUUUGGUUCGUGUUUGCGAUCUUGAACAAUCAUUCUUUAUGCAACAAGUUCUCCAAGCUCACGCUUAUUGUAGAUGCAAGGGUGUUAAAUUUGAUUUGGUUAUUUGGAACGAUGAAACAACUCACUAUCGUGACUUGCUCAAUCAAACUCUCCAUCAUAUCAUGUCCCACAUUCCAGGUUCAACUGAUUUAUUGCAUCAACCUGGUGGUAUUCACCCUGUUAGAGGUGACAGUUUGACCUCAUUUGAAACUGUCUUGUUGUACUCUGUUGCUCGUGUCGUUUUAUCUGACAAUGGUGGUAGCUUAACAGAUCAAAUUAACAGAACUUCCAAGAAGGGAUACGUUGUUCCUCCAUUCCGUGUUAUUACUCAACCUCGUGUCAUUAAGGAUACAAUGAAUACAGUUCCAAAGUUGCAUGAAAGAGACCUCAUUUUGAGAAACGAUGUUGGUGGUUUCGAUGCUAAGCGUAAGGAAUAUGUCAUGAUGUUGGGCAAGAAUCAUGUUACUCCAAAGCCAUGGUGUAACGUUUUGGCUAACGAUAGAUUUGGUUCAGUCAUCUCUGAAAAGGGUAGUGCUUACUCAUUCUUCACUAAUGCUCACGAAUACAGAUUGACUCCAUUUAACAAUGAUGCUGUCCUCGAUAACUCUGGUGAAGCAUUCUAUAUUAGAGAUGAAAGCACUGGUCAAUACUGGUCACCAAUGCCUCAACCUGUACCAAUUGAUAGAGAUGAUUACUAUUACAUUUGUAGACAUGGUAUUGGUUACAGUACUUGGGAACAUUUCCAUGAUGGUAUUCAUACUGAAACUACCACAUUUGUUCCACAAAAUGAACCUGUCAAGAUUAUCUUGAUCCGUGUAACUAACAAUAGUGGUUUUGAUAGAAACUUGACUGUUACUGGUUUUGUUGAAUGGGUUUUGGGUGAAUUGAGAGAAUUGAAUGCUCCACACAUUAUUACUGAUGUUGAAAGAACUGACAAUAGUACAGCUGUUAUUGCUAGAAAUAACUUCCAUAUUCAAUUGUCUCACUUUGUUGGUUUUAUGUCCGUUAUUGGUCACAAGGAAGGUACAAUUACUGGUGAUAGAAAUGAAUUUAUUGGAAGUAAUGGUACUCUUGAUAGACCUCAAGCUAUGAAACAACAAUACCUCUCAGGAAAUGUUGGUGCUGCUUUCGAUCCAUGUGCUGCUAUUCAAGUUCCAAUCACUGUCGAAGAUGGUAAAGUUGUUGAAGUUGCAUUCAUGAUUGGUGCCAACUAUUCUAGAGAUGGUGCUAAGGAUGUCAUUUCUCGUAUUCGUAGUAACCUCAUUGUUAGACAAUUAUUGAACAGUGUUAAGGCCUUCUGGCACUAUAAUCUCAACACUAUUCAAGUUGAAACUCCAAGCCCUGAUUUGGAUGUUUUGGCCAACGGUUGGUUGUUGUACCAAGUUUUGUCUUCUCGUAUUUGGGGUAGAUCUGGUUUCUAUCAAUCCAGUGGUGCUUUUGGUUUCAGAGAUCAAUUGCAAGAUACUAUGGCUGUUGCCUCUGUAAUGCCUCAAAUUUUGAGACAACAAAUUCUCACCAAUUGUGAACAUCAAUUUGAAAAAGGUGACGUAUGCCAUUGGUGGCACGACAUUACUAACAGUGGUGUCAGAACUACAUUCAGUGACGACUACUUGUGGCUUCCACUCGCUGUUGCUCACUAUUUGGAAAUUACUGAAGAUUACAAAUUACUCCACGAAAGAAUUAGAUUCUGUAAGCUCAGAGAAAUUGAACCAGGUGAAGAAUCAGUCUAUGACAAGCUUGAAUACACUGAAGAAACUGAAAGUAUCUAUGAACAUUGUAAGCGUGCAUUGAAGUAUGGUUUCAAAUAUGGUGCUCAUGGACUUCCUCUUAUGGGAUGUGGUGACUGGAACGAUGGUAUGAAUCUCGUUGGUAUUCAUGGUAAAGGUGAAAGUGUUUGGUUGGCAUUCUUCUUGUUCCACGUUUUGGAGAACUUUGAAAAGAAUAUCUUGGAAACUGAAAUUAAGGAUGAUGAAUUCUUAGAAGAAUGUAGAAAGAAUCGUGAAUACAUCAAGGCCAACAUUGAAGGACAAGCUUGGGAUGGAGAAUGGUAUCGUAGAGCCUACUUUGAUAGUGGUGAGCCUCUUGGUUCUAAGGAAAAUUCUGAAUGCCAAAUUGACAGUUUGCCACAAUCAUGGGCUAUUAUCAGUGGUUGUGUUGAUAAGAAGAGAGCUAAAAUGGCCCUUACAAAUGCCUAUCAAAGGUUGGUCAGACAUGACUUGAAGCUUAUUCAAUUGUUCGAUCCACCACUCCAACAUCAAGAACCAUCUGCUGGUUACAUUCAAGGUUAUGCUCCUGGUGUCAGAGAAAAUGGUGGUCAAUAUACCCAUGCUUCUAUUUGGUUUGCUUGGGCUUAUUCCAUUCUCAAGGAUAACAAGAAGGUUUGGGACUUGUUCGACAUUUUGAAUCCAAUCAACCAUGCCAAGACUAAGGAAGAUGUUUGGAAAUACAAGGUUGAACCAUACGUUGUCACUGCUGAUAUUUACACAUUGAUGGAUCACGAAGGUGAAGGUGGUUGGAGUUGGUUCACUGGUUCUGGUGGUUGGUUCUAUAGAUUAAUCUUGGAAAGACUCAUUGGUAUCAAGAAGCAAGGUAACUCUCUCAAAUUCGAUCCAUGUCCAAAGGAAGAUUGGAAGAAGUAUAACAUUAAUUAUCAACAUGGCAAGACUGCUUACCAAAUUCAAGUUACAAGAUCUGAAGAAAAUGUCAUGAUUGUUGAUGGUGUUAAGAGAGCUGAUCCAACUCGUAUUCCACUUGUUGAUGACGGAAAGACUCACAAGGUUGAAAUUUAUUACAAGUAUUAAUUAAUAAAGUUAAAAUAAAUUAAUUUUAAAUCUC